AUGGUUGAUACAACACCAAUUCUGUUUGAACAACAAGCCAUUAUAGAUAAAUUAGAAGUCUUAUCUUCAAUCACAAAAAAUUAUUUAGUUAUUUUAGAAACAAGAUCAAAAAUUGAAGCAAAUUAUGCUAAACGACUAAAAUCUCAAACCACAACACCUCUUAAAAUUAGCAGAUUCGAUACAACAAACCCAAUUGAUUUAAUGGAAUCUAGUAUGGCAAUAUUAUUUAAAGAAAUUAAUACACAAGGUUCAUUAGUAAGUGACGUUCAUCAAGAAACAUCAGAACGCUUGAUUAGUACAAAAAAUGAUUUAGAAAUUUUUAUAAAAAAUUAUGAAACUGAAAAAAAAAGAAUUUUAGUUGAAAUAGAAAAGAAAGUUCAAAUUUAUGAAAAUAAUAUUAAAAUUGUUGAAAAACAAAAAGGGUUAUAUAACAAAAUAUGUCAAGAUUUGGAUUGUAUUACUAAAGAAUUAAAUAAUGCGUUAUCUAAUAAUACUCAACCAAUAGAUAAAUUGGUUCAAAAAAAACAAUUAUUAGUUGAAAAACAACAACAUAUAAAAGAAUGUUAUAUUGAAAGUGUUAAAAAAGCAAAUGAAUGUAGAAAAAUAGUUUAUUUAGAUGAAAUGCCUUCAAUUAUAUCAUCAGCCCUUUCAUUAAUUCAACAAAUUUAUGAAAAAUUAUCAAAGACAAUAAAUACUAUUAUUAUUGGUAUUGAAUCUCUUAAUCCAGUAAUUGCUAAAGAAGCAAAUAUAUUUAAAAUAGAAUUAGAUGAUAUGAAUUUUGAAAAAGAUUUGGAAGAAUUUACUAAAAAAACAAAAACAUUAACAGAAAUUAAACCUCUAGAAUUGGAAAUAGAUAAUUCUGUUCAAUUCUUAACUCAUUCUUCUAGUGAAGUUUCAAAUAAAAAAAUAGAACCUAUUAAACUUAUUGAUGAAACUGAAGCAAUAUUUAAAAUGGAAAAUGAUGAUGUUGAAGAUGUUUCAAAAAUGAUGAAACAACAAGAAGAAAUGCAAGAGUCUCCACGUCCAAAAACACCUGAAGAAUUUAAUGCAGAAAUUGUAGAUGGAGAAUUGAUUGAUUUAAGUUAA